GCUCAUCGCUACGCUGUUAGCUUCGUAAACAAUAAUUAUUUUUAUACUAUUUUAAUUUGAAUAUUUUAUUCAUAAUUUGCGAGAUAUUAUGGAAUCAAAUAAUCCCAAUGAUGAUCCUACAAAGGAAAAGAAGGACAACAGAUUUCCUAAGAAACGUCCGCUGCCGAAAUUGAUGGCAUGUAUGACCAAGCACAGCUUGGACACUUUCCGUAGCAAAGCUAUCUUCUCUUUAGCCAUGCUGGAUUCCAAUGGCAUAAGAAGGCGUAAAUUUCCUCUAUAUGAAUGUAUUAUUCUGGAGCUCAAAGAGGCUGGAUACUGUGAUUCAUCAACGUACCUUCAAGAUCUUAUUUACGAUAAUGUACAACUUGUGAACCAAGACGACAUUGGUAUCGUAGUGGACCUUAGGAAGAGAGAUGAUUACUUGGAACAUAUAAGUGGUAUACUACAAAAAGUGGAAAAGCAUCGUGAACGAAAUAAUACACACAAGGAAUGCAACCAUUUGCUAAAUCUGGCGAUGUACUAUGCGGAAAGAGAAAAGGGCAUAUUGUGGUUAGCGGAAAAAUUCUAUCAAGUAGCGAUCGCCGUGUCCAGCAAACAUCUGCUCGAUGGUGGAAGGUUGAAGGCCAUUUGUAAAUACCAUUAUGGGAAGUUUUUACUGGAUAAAUUUCCAGGAGCGGACCCAGAGGAACCGUUUUCUUUACUGACAGAAGUACGAGAUUCUGCUAUCGGAAAGACCUGGCCAUUAAGCGAUGCUAAGGAACCUGGAGAAGUACAACCUACUGCGACCGUGUUCGAGGCGACUGCAUUACAAUUACAUAGAGUUUUACUCGACAAAGCAAGAGCAGUACGCAAGGAAGACACGGCUAAAGCUGAGAGGUUGGCUCGCUUGGCUGAGAGGAGAGCUAAAGACGCUGGUGAAACUGUGAAGACAGCUGAGGCGAUAAUUGAAAUCGGUAUUUGUCAGCUGAUGAUGAACAAUUUGAAUAAUGCACAGAAAACGUUUGAGAGGGCUUUUAAGAUAUACGAGUCUGGUAAUAAUGUGGAAGGUCUUUGUGAAACGAGAAUGCAUCUGGCAGCGGUAAUGCAGCGGUUAGGUGAAUACGAAACUGCGGCCAAGUUACUUACGGAGAUGGGAGCCAGUGCGAUGGAACAUGGAUUGAGAAGACAGCUCGGUCGGGCCCUGCAUCUACUAGGCGAGCUACACCUAAGGAGAGAGCGGCCGGAAUUAGGCACUCAACAUCUCGCGGAAGCCUUCCUCUGCUUCAUGGGCUUUCAAUUUCAAUCGCUGGGAAGUGAGAAUAAGAUAGGAAUAGAAAGUGACAAGGAGGGACAAGAAAUGGGUGAGAUCUACAUCGAGAAUGAAAAUGAAAUUUUCGAAGAAGAAGCGGAGCAAUCGAGGCUUAUGACGGCCAUUUCUGCAGGUCAAGAACUAAUGGCAUCCUACUUCAAUUUGUUGCGGGAGGCUGGCGGAUGUACGGUGGCUAAAAUGAAAACAAUUGAAUGGAAACUGUCGCACGCGCGCUGGUGGGUCAAGCGACUUCACCACGACUUCCUGCCAUGUCCGUGCCCCGUCCAUCAUCGGACUCCACUGGAUGUCUUGUGCAAGACCUCCUCACCGGUUAAUUCUGCAGUGUCCCCUACUAGUCCAGUAGUGACGUCCAAACUAAACUAG